AUGGCGAACCUUGAGGGCAUCGACGAGCAGAGUCUCGACUGGCUACGAUGCUUCGACACUAUGUUCAUCAUCGACGAUUCGGCCGCCAUGGCGCCUUACUGGAAAGACGUGCAGCAUCUCAUCGAGGCGGUUGCUCCUAUCUGUGCUAAGCACGAUCCCGAUGGCAUCGAUCUCUACUUCGUUAACCACAAGCCGGGCGGACUUCUCGGCCAGUUCAAGUCUAUCCGGAAGACGGGUUACACCCGCAUCGGCGGCUUCGUCGGAGGCAUGCUGCUCACAGAGAAGGGAAAGGAGGUCAGCUCCAUCUUCACCGAGAAGGUCAAGCCAGCCGGCAAGUGCAACAUCGGUGCACGCCUUGGAAAGUUGCUGGAGUGGUACAUUGAGAAGUUCAAGGCUGGCGAGGAGAGCGCUGCACUGAACCUGAUUGUUCUGACGGCGGGAGCCUUCGACGACGACAUCAAGACGCCCAUCGUCAACAUCGCCCGGGAGCUGGACGCGGCCAACGCGCCGCCACACCAGGUGGGCAUCCAGCUGUUCCGCCUCGGCGGGGCCAACAUAGAGCGCCAGAAGACGUUCGACUACCUCGACGACGAGCUCUACAAGGAGGCCAAGGUGCGCGACAUAGUGGACACCGUGACCUACAGGGGUGCCGGGGAGGGUUUGUCCGGUGAUGAGCUCCUGAAGGUCGUCUUGGGCGCCGUCGUCAAGAAGUUGGACUCGAGGAGCUCGGAGCUGCAAUUGUCUGGCCAGGCUCAAGUGCUGAGGGCUGAGAGGGAGUAA